ACACAUGUAUUUUGGCGCGACCAGUAAAAGUCUUUCAAUAUUACAAUAAACUGACAUGAUUUUUAAUGCGCCAGUGCCUUAAAAUGGACGUGCGAUGUAAUCGUGCGCGUUUAAAUUUUACAGUUUUGCGAAAUUCGUCGUUUGAUUAGCUAACCUAACCUGACUCCACAUUUCGGUCUAAAAAAUGGCGUCUCCCUUGUCACGAUUGCCGUGGAUAUUUCUUGUGAGAAACACGACGCGAGCAGCGACGAUCGUGCUUAACAAACGGCACGCGAGAAUUCGCACAUUCUGUCAGCAACAGCGAGGACAAAACAUGAACGAUUCCAGAAUGCCGGGACUCCUAACCUAUGUCGCGCUUGCCCCGGUGGGAGUGCUGUUUGGGUACACAUUAAACAUUAUCUGGGAAGAUUACAUACAACGGAUAUGUAAGAAUUUCAAAGUGCUCGAUCUUCAUGUUCAUGCUCUUUCGCUGAACGAUAAUCAGAACAGGUCCAAGUACAAUUUUAUAGCAGAUGUGGUAGAGACUUGUGUCCCAUCUGUGGUAUACAUCGAAAUCAAGGAUAAUAGAAGGCUAGACUUCUUUACAGGAAAGCCAACUACUACCAGUAAUGGAUCUGGAUUUAUUGUUAGUGAAGAUGGUUUAAUACUUACAAAUGCUCAUGUUGUGAUAAAUAAGCCUAAUACAACAGUGCAGGUAAAUGUACGACUUAAUGAUGGUAAUACAUACAUAGGAGUAAUAGAAGAUGUUGAUAUGCAAAGUGAUCUUGCCACUGUGCGAAUAAAAAAGACAAAUCUACCUGUGAUGAAGCUUGGUACCUCGGCAACCAUCAGACCAGGAGAGUUUGUAGUAGCUAUUGGUUCUCCACUGUCUCUUAGCAAUACAAUAACAAGUGGAGUUGUGAGCAGUGUGAGUAGACAAAGUGAAGAACUUGGUCUACACUCGCACAUGGAAUACAUUCAAACAGAUGCAGCAAUUACUUUUGGGAAUUCAGGUGGACCACUGGUGAACUUAAACGGAGAAGCUAUAGGUAUAAACGCAAUGAAAGUGACGUCUGGCAUUUCAUUUGCUAUACCUAUAGAUUAUGCAAAAGAGUUCUUGAAAAAGGCGGAAUGUCGUCGAAAAGGCAAAAAUUUGAUCACUCACGAACCUAAGAGAAGAUACUUGGGCAUCACAAUGCAAACUCUGACGCCAGAGACUUUGCUUGAAAUGCAGCAACACAGCGACUAUAUGAAUGUCAGGCAUGGAGUUUUCGUGUGGAAAGUAAUGGUUUCAUCUCCGGCUCACUUAGCUGGAUUGCAGCCUGGAGAUAUAGUGACGCACGCCAAUGGUGAGGUUGUAUGGAAUUCACAAGCCAUUUACAAGAUUCUAGAACAACCAGGGCCAAUAGAUUUGCAAAUUAUGAGAAGAGGAAAAGUUUUAUAUAUAAAAGUCAAUCCUGAGGAUUUAUAGGAGUUGUUUUCUGAUGUAACAGCGGGCGUUCGCGUCGAUUUGCGAAGGAUUCAUGAAAGAAUGGAACGACUUAACGACCCUCUUUGUGAACUGUAUCCUUGAAGAAGACGUUGAUGAUAGAUGAAAAGCGAUGAAAAGUAGAAACGCAACACCAAAUGAAAAACAAGAUGCGCGGAGAAAGAAGCAAAAAAAAGAAGGAAAGGAGGCGCUCGAUGCGGUGCGUUAUUUUGAAGUUACUCCGAGUCCGCAGAGGGUUAAGGAAAUAAGAGGUGUCUUGACCUAUACGGCGCGCGGAAGGGGGAAGAAGAAGGGUGGCACGAGCACACAAGCGGAGGUAAUCGAGCGUUUCUGCCGAGCGUGUUCACGGUCCCGACCAUUAUCUCCUCGCGCUCUUGUCUCUCCCGUUCCUUCCUUCCCGCGCAUCCAUACGCGCGCGAUCUCUUCUCCCUCGAUCUUUUAUCCUUCCGCUUUUUCCUUUCCCUUUUCGUUCCUCGCGUCGACACGCGAGAACCUAUUCCCUGAUUAUCCACGCUUUUGCGGUUAUUCUCGCCUACGAGCGACCAACGCCUCCCUUCUGUUUUCUCCUACGUGCUGCUGCCGCUGCGAUAGCGAGGAACGCGCUGCCGCUGGUAGCACGUAAUGUUAUAAAGAAGAAAACAGAGGAAUCUUGGGUACGAGAGAGAAUUAUCUCCGCGCCGUGAGGACGAGAUAUUCCCGAGGAUUGCGCCCACAUAUGGCCGGCGAGGAAUCUCCGCGACGGGACGAUGACCGGAAGCGUGGAACACCAGAACCACCUGAGAGGUCACGACUCGCCGUUACUUCGCUGCGAUAGGCGUGUCCCGUCGGAUUAAUCCGCGAAACGGUGCUCGACGUAGGAGGAAUGAGGAAGCGCUGCGCUUGGAAAUUGACACUGCAAAUGCAACUCGUCGCAUCCCGUGAGAAUUCCUCUGCGGAACGGGCUCCAAAGCUUCGUUCAAGUUGUGGAACAGCGAGAUUCAUCGACCGACUAUAGAGAAAAUAUUCCUAGCCGAUCUCGCUCCUUUAAAACAUUUCGUUCUGCCUGAAAAUUGGCCCUAAAUUGCUAGCAUCAGUGACAUUGGCGCGCAUUUAUGCAAAACUCGGGAUAUGAAUUAACAAGACUCAUUUGCGUGCGCGCUGUUUAAAAUUCAAAUAAGGCAGAUGUGAAAGCGUCUCAGCCUAGAACAGCCUCAUAUCACCGUGGAGGUUAUAUUUCCAGUUUAUCGCGACGCUCCCUAUAUAUUCGUAUCGCGUUUUUCCCGUCAGCGCGGCAUUACUUGAAAAUUCUUCUCGAGUACCGGUCCGAGAUUGAGCGCGAUAUUCCGCGGAUGCUGUAUCCGCCUACACGCUCCUCCGAUGUUUUCAACUUUUCAUCGGUGAUGCGAAGUCGGCGCGAUAAGAAGAAGAAUGAGAUAUAUCUCGAACAAAAUUAUACAAAUGUAUCGAUCGAGAAGAAAUAAAUCUCAUGAGGUGCAGUUUCUGUAUAAAGAGAAAACACUGAUGUAAAAAUAGAAUCCGAGAAUGAUAAAUAAUAUCCGGUGCUUUCGCGCAGAAACGGGAUAUGCAAAAUAUACGCAAAUCCUCUCGGAUUUGCGCGCAGUCGACAGGUUGAUUUCCCGCCCCAACUCUUUUAUGUCAUCAUAAUGCUCGUCCGAGAAAGGAGCGCGGGUACCACACGUCUCUCUCGUAAGUCCGGGUCAUCGCAAUCGGCCGGCACCGCCAAGGACGAGAGAGGGUCGUGUGAUUUUACUGCGCAAGGAAAAGGAUUCCUGCGAACGUCUGCGGUUUCGCGGCGCGUUGAUAAAAAAGUCGCGGCAAGCGAACAAUUUCGCUGAACACGAACGUGUCGCGGCCAACGUGUGUGAUCAAGGCCAAUCGCGGAAUUACCUUAUUCGUGAUUGAAAAAUUACCGGACGAUUGAUCGGAUUCGAUUGUGCGCUUCUGAUCUUGCAACAUAGUAUACGUUCUUGCAGUUUCGCGAAAAGCAGUGCGAUUUAAAUACGAGUGAGGAUGAAAUAUGUUUGACAAUCGGAAAUUUAAUAACACGAGAUUGCAAAUAUUCGCGCGCGAGAAAUAUUAUAAGUUUAACUUUAUGACUUAAAAUAUCGCCCAGAGAUACAAUAUUGUGUGUCUCUAUACGUUAAUUAAAUAUAAAAGUAAUUAGUUAAGUUAAUUGUAAUUCAAUUCCUUUGAAGUUAUACACGUAUAUAGUUGCCGUACAUACAAUUUAUUGUAAUUAACAAAGAAAGAGAGAAAGAGAGAGAGUGUUCAUAUUCAAUUUACAUACAUACAAGACUGCUGCAUAAAUGCGCGACGUGUCUCAGUAGAACAAGCAAUAAGAAGAGCGACUGGUCAGACUUUAGUUUUACUCCCCUCACAUCGAGAAAAUUAAAGGUCUGUUACUCUAUCCCUGCUCGCAACUUAUGACAUGUGUGAGUCUCAGUUCGGUAUGCGCUUUAUUAAAACGCAUACCGAAGUAAGCGAACACGCCUUGCUUAAUGCAAAACAAAUACGGGCGUAUGUAGAAAAAAAAACGCAAAACGACGACAAUGUUAAAGAGCGGGCCUGCCGGCCUUGAUAUUGUCUGACCGUCUCGUAGCAAUUAUAGUGUGUAAUAACGCUGCGGCACUUAUUAAUAAAGGAGAGUUUUCUCGCUUGGAACACUUGAACGUAUUUUUUGUAAUAAUCUCUUCCAACAAGUAUCUAUCGCGAAAGAUCGAACGUAUUUAAUAAUAAUAUCGAUUAC